AUGGCCACAGUGAACCUGUUACAAUUGACCAAGUUUCCGUUAUUGAGCCUGAUUUUACUUCUGACAGUUCAACUGUUGAAUCUUGUUGAGACCUCUGGGUUGAUGCCCAACGAGUUCUAUACUAUCGUUUACUGCGCAUAUAUCAAAACUCCUGAUAGGACCUGUUACAGCUCGUACAAAAAGGUUGCAGCCAAAACUAUUAAUGAAAGUGAAGUGAACGUGGACGCAUUGAUUAACGAGGCCAUUUCCAUAAGGGACUUCAACCACAAAAAUAUCUUAUCCCUUGUUGGGGUAACUUUUGAUGACACGGAAAUGCCUAUCAUUUUGUUACCGUUUAUGGAAAAUGGUGACCUAUUAACCUAUCUACGUAAUGGGAAUAAUAAUCUAACUGCUCAAAAAUUACUACACUUUGCACUGGACAUUGCUGAAGGCAUGUAUUACCUAUCCAUACAACGCUACGUGCAUCGUAAUAUAGCAGCAAGGAACUGUUUCCUUGACGAGACCCUAUGUGUAAAAAUAGGUGAUUUCGGACUUUUGCGGGAUGUAUAUGAAUCAGAUUAUUAUAGCAGUGAUAAUACUAAAUACAAACUUCCUGUCAAAUGGAUGGCACCGGAAACCCUGCUAAGGGGUAUAUAUAGUAUGAAAUCAGAUGUCUGGUCCUAUGGGUUAAGUAUUUGCAAGAUGGUAAUCGGUUAUGUCGACCCCAAUAUUGCCCCCAAUCUGUGUAUGAUAUUAUGUCCCGGUGUUGGUUAA